AUGUCUUUGAUGGCAGAAUUCCUGGAGGAUGCAGUUGCAGGGGUUUCUACUGUACCUGUAGGCACAGAGACGAUCUCCUUCUGCAAGGCAGCUAAGGGUGUUGCCCGAAUUGCGGCCGAAGACCAUGAAUCUUGCGGUGAUGCCUGCAUGACGGUUGUGCAGAUGCAGACAUUUCAAGGCCAAGUAGGCCUUGUGGACGAUACGAGACAGUUCUUCGUCAACCAGCUAUUUGCAGCAGACUCUCGUCCACCUUCGAAAGAGCGACGCAAGAACACACUGUUAGAUCAUGACCCAAUGCACCUUCAACCUCGGGAAAACACAUCGUACUGGCUCAUAUUCCCCGGCGAGUUGUUGAAGAUUCCCAAGGAUGAACGUGGCCAUUAG